CGGCCAUGACGUGGCGAAGCUCCCGGUGCGAGGAGGGGAGGGGUUUGCUGCCGGCGGCAGGGUCUGGCCCGGGCCCGCCCCUCCCCGGCCAUCAUUCCGGGCAGCGGCUCCGACUCCUCGUCCCAUGAGCUGGCGCCGCUCUCUCUGCAGCGUGUUAGCAGCGAUGGUGGGACCAAGGCCAGUUGUUCUGAGCGGACCUUCGGGCGCGGGGAAGAGCACUUUGCUGAAAAGGCUGCUGAAGGACUACGAGAACGUCUUUGGCUUCAGCGUGUCCCAUACCACGAGGAAACCAAGACCUGGUGAACUGAAUGGGAAAGAUUACCAUUUUGUGACCAGAGAAAAGAUGCAGGAGGAAAUCGAUGCCGGAGGAUUUGUUGAACACGCAGAGUUUUCCGGGAAUAUGUACGGAACAAGCAAAGCCGCCAUACAGGCCGUCCAAGCCCAGAACCAGAUCUGCAUCCUGGAUAUCGACAUGCAGGGUGUGAGGAGCAUGAAGAAGACGGACUUCAGCCCCAUCUACAUUUCUAUCCAGCCACCGUCCAUUGAAACCUUGGAAAAAAGGCUACGAGACAGGCAGACAGAAACAGAGGAGAGCUUGCAGAAGCGGUUAAACGCAGCUCGUGUCGACCUGGAACUGAGUAAAGAGCCCGGCCUUUUCGAUUUGAUCAUUAUUAAUGACGAUUUAGACGUGGCGUAUUCCAAACUGACGAAGAUACUUGCAGAAGAAAUCCAGAAGGCGCAGGUAUCCAAGAAGUCCUGAGUGACCACGGCGUAGAUGCUUGCACCUUGUAGACCAUUCCUGACGUCUUUCACUGCUUGCCAGUCCGCGCGUGAGAGAAAUGGACCCAUGUUCCUUUUUAACCUCCCUCCCCGCACACCACCCCUGCCGUGGAAUUAUUCUGGGGCACUUUCUAUUAAAGAAGAAAAUAUCU